AUGGGAAAUAAAGAAACUUUCAAGGAGGAAGACUUCUUGGGGAGCACUGAAGAAGGAGCCAAUUUGGACCAAGCCGUGUUCCCUGUGAUGGGAGACCUUUGAAUCAAUAGUAAAAAGCCCAAGAAGAGAAGUGGGGGGAACUUCUGCAUGGUGGUCAUUGUCAUUCACCUGAUCCUGCUCACAGUGGGUGCUGCACUGCUGGCCUUUCAAGUCUUGAAUCUGCAGGAGCAGCUCUGGACCUUGCAGAAGAAUGCCCAGAGUAGACUGGUGGUCACAGAGGAAAAACCAAAGUUGAUGCCGUUGGUAUAUCCCCAAAGACAACUGGCACUGGGCUCACCAGAACUGAGAGUCCUGCAGGACCAGCUUACCCAGAUCCACCACAAUCAGGAGCAACUUAUUCACUGUGUGAACAGCCUCACUCGAAAUCCAGAGCUGUUCAGGAUCAAGGGUGAACAAGGCUCGUCGGGUCAAAGGGGACCCCCAGGUGCUCCUGGCACCCCUGGCCUGCCUAGGCGACCUGCUGAGAAGGGAGACAAGGGAGCUGUAGGUCACAUUGGAGCCCCAGACUUCAGGGGACUCACUGGUGCGCCAGGAGAGCCAGGAGUCACAGGUUCCCCAGGACCUCAAAGAGAGAAGGGAAGCAAAGGCGACAGAGGUCUCCUUGGCUCCAGGGGGGAGUAUGGUGCCAAGGGAGAGAGAGGGUACCCAGUCCUCCCCGGAAGCGAAGGAGACAUGGGCAUGAAAGGAAACAGAGGAGAUAUGGGUCUCCCUGGAGCCUGGGGUAAUAAAGGUGGCACUGGGAUUCUAGGCCUACCAGGUUUGGCUGGAUCUCCUGGAGCCAAAGGCAGUAAAGGACAACUUGGAAUGCAGGGUAUUACAGGUCCUCCUGGUACAGUGGGACCCCUAGGUGCCAAGGGUGAGCCUGGCUUAAUUGGCCAUCCUGGCCUAACAGGACCCCCAGGGCCUUCUAGGAGUCCAGGACCUGCAGGUGUGAAAGGAAUCAAGGGAGACACAGGAAUUCAAGGACAGAAAGGCGUAAAAGGAGACUCAGGAUUCCCAGGCCUUGAAGGCAGAAAUGGAGACACAGGAAACCCUGGGCUGACAGGCUCCAAACGAGAGCCCGGACUAGUUGGCUUGAAGGGGGACCCUGGAGUGAAAGGGUCUUCCGGGGAGCAAGGAGAAAAUGGAGAAGAGUUCAUUGAUAUUUCUGUUGUCUUUAGCCAGUCCUUCAGCUGGAUCCGGAUUGCGGAUGGCACCAACCGAGGGCGGGCAGAAGUCUACCAUAACAAUGCCUGGGGGACAAUUUGUGAUGAUGGCUGGGACGAUAAUGAUGCCACUGUCUUCUGCCGCAUGAUGGGUUACUCCAGAGGGAGGGCCCUCAUCAGAUAUGGAGGUGGCUCUGGGAACAUCUGGAUGGAUAAUGUGCAGUGUCGGGGGACAGAGUUCAGUAUAUGGCGCUGCAGGAAGCGUGACUGGGGUUCUCACAAUUGCAGCCACAGCGAGGAUGCAGGCGUGGAGUGUAGUUGACCUUCGAGUCCUGAGGACACUGCUGUGUGCCCAGGUGUCCUUGAGCUCCACCCCCAUGGA